AUGCAGCUUGAUGUAGAAUUAGGAGGGUAUGUGGAGACAGGAGAGUCAUCAGAAAUUUCAGAAUUACAAGAGGAAGUUACUGAGUUAUUGAAAAUAUCUCAUUUAGGCACCGGAGAAGCUCUUGAACAAUGUGAAGCUGGCACCACUAUGGAAGUUGUUGCUGCACAAACAAAAGCAAUUGCUGAUCGAGUAACUGACUGGACAAAUGUAGUUGCUUAUGAGCCAGUAUGGUCUAUAGGAAUUGGAAAAGUUGCAUCUCCAGAGCAGGCUCAGGAG